AUGCAUUUUGCACUCCCACUCUCAACUUUGUUGUGUGUCUUGCAGACUGUUGUAGCUUUACCUACCCGAUCUUCUGGUCUUGAUGCUUCUGCUAUUUUGAGUCCUCGAGCGGGAAUUGAGGAGGUUGUUGCGAGUGGUAACAUCAAGGAGAAAUCCAUUCAAGAAAAGUGUUAUGGUGGUAUCAACAAUUAUUUCUCAGGUGGUAUGCCAUUCACGUACAAUUAUUAUAAUAGCCUUAUGUACAACAAUGGCUUUCCUGGCCUUUGUAACUCUUACUUCGGGAGUGGUUAUCAAUGGGGUACUUGCAGUUCUUACUUCGGAUGUCCAAAUUCUGUCAAUACGUUUUACAACUCCUACCUGAGUGGAUUCAACGGUCUUUAUGGAUCUUCUUUAUAUACCUUGAAUGACAAAGACUUGAAAUCAGACACGAAUGCUGUUUGA